AUAUUCAUCAGUCAUACAUACGCGUACGUACAUACACAUACUGACACAUGCACAUACGUACACGCACAUAUACAUACACUGACAUCGACAUCAUAUCAUUGUUUAUAACGACAUUUCUUGGGGGACAGUCUUACAAUUAUUGCACGAAAAUAUAAUUAAUACACACACAAACCCCGAAGAAAACCAACAAGAAGCAGCCAUGAGGGCCUUUAUGCUCACCGGGUUUAGUUUUCUGCUCACCACUGUUGUCAUAGCCAAUGCAUAUUACCAGAAAAGUCAGUUUUAUCCAUCUGUUGUCUACAUAACCAAAUCUAAUGGGAGUAUGGCGAUUCUCUAUAUACAAGCUUUUGUUUUUGUUGUCCUGAUGGGGAAACUCAUGAGGAAAAUAUUCUUUGGUCAGCUAAGAGCAGCAGAAAUGGAGCAUCUAAUAGAAAGGUCUUGGUAUGCUGUUACUGAGACUUGCUUGGCUUUUACAGUUUUUCGAGAUGACUUCAAUCCACGAUUUGUGGCCAUGUUCACGUUAUUGUUAUUUUUGAAAUGUUUUCACUGGCUUGCUGAAGAUAGAGUAGACUAUAUGGAAAGAAGUCCCAUGAUAACAAUUCGAUUCCAUAUUAGGGUCAUGUCUCUAAUCAUUGCACUUGCCAGCGUUGAUCUUCAUUUCAUAAAUCAUGCUUAUUAUAGCACUUUGUUGCGAGGAGCUUCUGUUCAGUUAGUUUUCGGAUUUGAGUAUGCCAUUUUGUUAACAGUUGUACUGAUGACAUUAACAAAAUAUAUUCUUCAUGCUUUUGAUCUUCAAAGUGAAAAUCCUUGGGAAAAUAAGGCAGUAUAUCUUCUUUAUACAGAAUUGAUCAUGGGAUUGAUCAAAGUACUUUUAUAUGUAUUAUUUAUGGUCAUUGUAAUUAAAGUUCACACAUUCCCACUUUUUACGAUACGGCCAAUGUACCUUUCUGUGAGAGCAUUCAAGAAAGCACUCAAUGAUAUUGUCAUGUCCAGAAGAGCUAUAAGAAAUAUGAACACUUUAUAUCCAGAUGCAACACCAGAAGAAUUGUCUUCAGGUGAUAAUGUCUGUAUAAUAUGUAGAGAAGAGAUGGUUACUGCUUGUAAGAAAUUGCCAUGUAAUCACAUUUUCCAUGCAAGCUGUUUACGUUCUUGGUUUCAACGUCAACAAACAUGCCCCACUUGUCGUAUGGAUAUUCUCCGAAUUCCACGGCCUCAACCAGCACAGCCUCAACAAGCACAACCACAACAAAAUGUCCCCCAGCCACCAUUACAGCCACCACAUCCACAGUUUCCACACAACAUGGUGUUUCCUGGAUUUCCACCUAUGCCGUUAUGGGCUCCUAACAUGCCUCCACCACCGCCACCACCUCCAACUCAGACUACAUCCCAACAACAGACAGUCAACCCUGUGUCAACCCAGAAUACUUCAAAUACUACUACUACAACAAAUAGUACUACUACAACAACUACUAAUACUACUACAACUACUACCACUACUGCUACUGCUGAACCAAGUAUGUCUGUUCCUGAAAGUCAAGGUUUCCCUGGAACUUCUCAAAACAAUAUGUCAUUUCUUAGUUUUCCUCCUUUAUUCUCUUCUUUUGUUCUACAGAAUCAGUCUGUAUUAUCUGGCCUAUCUACUGAGGAAUUGGCAAGUUUGGAAGGUCAGGAACGGUGUAAUAUUGAGGCACGAAUCCAAUGGCUCAGAGAUAUACAAACUUUACUUGAUGGUGCCAUGGUACUUAUGAAUCAAUAUAACCAAGUGGCUGCACAUUCGGGAAUUCAAGGAAUUUCUAUGUUGCCAAGGAAUGUUGAUCAACCAAAUACAUCUUCUCAUACCAAAGACCACAGUGUAUCACAGAACCAGCUGUCUAAUAAUGAGUCAGCGGGAAAGCCAAAUGAAAACACUCCUAACAAAUCUGAAGAUUUAGAUUACCUUGAUUUGGAAGGUGCUACAGGUGAAACUCCAAAGAAGAGUUCCAGUUCACCAGAAGCUGAACUUCGAAGAAGACGUUUGCAACACUUUAUUUCUCAAUCCAAUGAAACCAAGUAGAACUUGUCAAAUUCCUUUUUCUGUAUAAUACUGUACAUAUAAAUAUAUGCAAUUUAAGCCCCAUCUUGCUUAUUUGUUAAAAUCUUCCCAACAUUUGCCCUCACUGCUACAGCAAUUUUGUUAUUAUUAUUAUUAUUAUUAUUAUUAUUAUUAUUAUUAUAUUUUAGCUUAACUUACAUCAAAACUAAAAUAUAAUUAUUUGGAAAUGGUUUUGAAGUUGGAAUGUUUCUGACUUUAAAUUUAAAUUAAAAUUAAAAACAUUUUUUUUUCUCUCCACAUUUUUCAUCUUUUUCUUUUGAAGAAGUUGAUUAUUCAUACUUUCAGAAGAAAGUAGUCUUAAAGAAAACAAAAAAAAAGAUUUUUUUUUUUUUUUUUUUUAACUAUGUAAAAAAAAUAAUAAAAAACAAAGAAAAUUUCCCGAAAGAUUCAGUAUUGGUGAAAAAUUAA